UUUUUUUUUUUUUUUGGCUGGGAUAUUUUUUGCAACAUGGUCCAUUUUGUGAAGAAUAACAAACGCUAUAAAUACAUAGUCCCAUUCGUCGCAACUACGUAUUUUUCUUUCCUGCAAACGUCUUCAUCCUCACCUCUUUUUCUUUUCAAUCUCCAUGCACACAUUCUUGCUGACGGUGUUGGCGGUAUACCUAUUCGUUGGCUCGGUGCAAUGUCGUCCUCUGUACUCUCUAGCAUUGUUAUCAUUAGGCGGCCUAGAGCAAGAACCCGUCUUACUGCCAGACUUUGCGUCAUCCAUUUUUAAUGCCAAUCGUGAAAAAGUCUUGGCUCUAGAAAAGUCUUUUACCGAACCACCCUCUAGUGCAGAUGGGACUAGCUUAUCGAUCACCGACGUCAAUGACAGGUCCAUCGAAUCAAACCCCGAUCUAUCGACUGCAGCUUCCGCAGCUUCUUCACCGGCAGCGAUAGACGACGAAGUAUAUGAAGAUGACGAGGAUGACGAAGUAGAUAUGACUCGCAUCAUUGAGGAAGAUUUUGAUGUUGAUAUCAACCGUUUUGCCCAACUCCUUUCUGUCCAUCUCUUAUUUGAUCACUUUGAGAAUGCCGUCACCAAUUUGUCUAAGAAAGUAUCUCGCCGCUUUCAAGAAACGAUCCAGUUCAGCAUUCUCUAUGGAAACGGAGACUCUGAUAUCAUCACCGAGGAAUCUAUUGGUUCAGGCAACGAAAUGACGUUUGAUAUUCAAGUUCUCAAAGGACAAAUACGAGGUGCAGUUGGAUGUAAGUACAAAUUCCUACCUGUAACAAACCCUCCCCCCUUUAAUUUACUAAUUUGGCUCUCAGCUUUUAUUGAGGAUAAUCUACCCAAUGUAUGGUAUCAACAUGCAACCUCAUUAGAUAAAGCAUCUUUGCAGCAACAAAUUCGCCAAAUCACCAUGUCUCUCUGCGGACCUUACUCAAACAAGGAGGAUACCGUAUUGUAUUCUUGUAUUGCCGAACACUCCAAUCAACUUCAAUCUCAGAUGGACCGCUUCGUUGGCAAAAAUCUGGAUCGAACCCUGGCAUUUGUCACCAAACGUGAACUUCCCCGUCUAUUCGAAGCAACUGCAUCUGAAGUCCACAGUGUUUUGCUUUACUUCAACCGACAUGUCCUCCUUAGCAGCGACAAGAGACUUCAAAUCCAACUUGCUCGCCAAGCUGAGGCCACAGAGGAAGAGUGGAUUCGCAAGGAAGUUGGCGACGUUUUUGAAGCCGCCGCUCACUGGGAACACGGUUCUGAUGAGGACCAAACCGUCAAUUCGGUUGCAAAGUUUGCUCAACUUGCAAAAGCCUAAAGAUAACCUACAUCUCCAUACCAACUCUUCAUUCCAUAGCAUAUUGUAAAUACCUAUCAUAGCAUACCCCCCCCUCUCA